UCAAAGCGAUUUUCGAAGUCGACGGUUGUGUGGCUCGCGCUGCUUGCUUCGGUGCUGCUUCCAGAAGCAACUGACAAACGCUUUUAACACAACCAAAAAAAAAAAAUAUAUAAAAAAAAUAAAGAAAACACCAACACACACAACACACACAUAUACAUAUUCUAGGCAAUUGCAAAAAUCGACAAGAGAAAACAAUUAAGAAAUAUAAAUAAUAUACAAAAUUGCACACAAAGUUGAAAAGCGAGCACAAGGAAUUGGUAAAAGCAAACAUAAAAGAACAUUUUGUUGUGGGUUAUUUUGCAAACAGGCAAAAGGCGUUGCCAAAUCAAAAGCAGCAGCACGCAUUGUGGCAACAAACAAACAAAGAAAAAAAACAUAAAUAAUAAACCUAAAACAAAACACAGUAUUAUUAUUGUUACGAAAAAGAAGCAUGAGAACAGCAAGCAUAUAUUAAUCAUACGCACAGUUAAACACCGCAAAACGCAAAAACAAAAAAACAAAAAAAAAACAAAAAACAAAUGCAACAGCACCAAAAGUGAAAUUUUCAAAUGACAUUGUGAAAGGCAGCACAAUUCCAGGCUGCAUUAAUAAUAAAUACAACAAUCAUAUAGCACGUAUAUAGGAUAUAAAAGGAUAAAAGGACUCGGCACAGGAGACACUCUGCCUGUUCUAUUAUUUAACUGCUUACAACAGACGUUUUCAACUUGACGAAAGCUGAUUGAAAGCCGCUUUCAACAACAGCAUCCAUCGCCCACGGUACGAAAGAGAGCACAGCGCAGCGAGAGAGCGAGUGAGCGCGUCUGUGAGCGUGACAGCAGCUGCCGACGUCAACGUCAACGUCAAUCCGCUCAAUAUUUAUAUUGCACGAGACCAAUCUACGCUCAAACUCGGACGCAGACGCCAUUAGGUCCUGGGUUUCAGUUUGUGGCUCUGGUUCAUCUGGUGCCUGGUCCAGUCGCAAGCAGCACCAAAAUAAAUAACAUCUGACAGCUGCUGCUGCUGCUCCUCCUCCUCCUCCUGCUGCUCACACGCCAGGUCCACCCACGCCUUGCCUCGCCUCGCCAGUCGAGCUCGCACAGGCCUAGGCAAUAAGCACAAGAUAAACAAACUACAGCUGUAACUGUGACUGUAACUAUAGCUGUGUCUCUAACUGUGUCUCUAACUGUAACUGCAACUGGAACUACAAUCAAAUACAACAAACCAACAAAAUAACAAGCAAAAAAUAAACAACUAAAAAACACGCAAUGGGUGCCAAGGAAAGUGUCGAGGCGGCCGUCAAAAUGAACGCCGAUGGCUGGGGUCACGUGGAGCGCGGUAGUCGCUACCACGGCCAUCGGCAUAAUCAACGGUCGCAGUCGCUGAAUCGCGGCCAGGCGCUCUCGCAGGCGGACGUGACCGGCAUGUGGUGACAUCGGGGUGCCUCUGG